UCUAACGUUACUUUCCAUGUGUGUAAGAAGAAUAAGCACUACUCCACUACAGCCACACACACUCACUGACCUGACAAAAGUAACCCCCGAAAAUGGCGGAGUUGGCGACGGAGAAGCACGGCAACAGCGGCGCUGCGGUGGCAGUGAAUCCGUCGCCGAAAAGAGGACUGGCCGCGAAGAUGAUCGACUUGUUAGAGAAGCUGAUUGUGAAACUAAUGCACGAUGAUUCACAGCCUCUUCAUUAUCUUUCCGGCAACUUUGCUCCGGUUGAUGAAUCUUCUCCGGUCACUGACCUUCCCGUUAUAGGUCACCUUCCUGAAUGCUUGAAUGGUGAAUUUGUGAGGGUAGGUCCGAAUCCGAAGUUUUCACCUGUGGCUGGAUAUCACUGGUUUGAUGGUGAUGGCAUGAUUCACGGUAUGCGCAUUAAAAAUGGAAAGGCAACAUAUGUUCGGCGCUAUGUGAGGACAUCGCGUAUUAAACAAGAAGAGUUUUUUGGAGGUGCCAAAUUUAUGAAGAUUGGAGAUCUUAAGGGGCUGUUUGGACUACUCACGGUUUCCAUGCAAAUACUAAGAGCAAAAUUGAAAGUACUGGACAUGUCUUAUGGACAUGGGACAGCUAAUACGGCUCUCGUUUACCACCACAGCAAGCUUUUGGCACUUUCAGAAGGAGAUAAACCUUAUGUAGUUAAAGUUAUGGAAGAUGGAGAUCUACAAACUGUUGGCCUAUUGGAUUAUGACAAGAGACUUACACAUUCUUUCACUGCUCAUCCAAAGGUUGAUCCAUACACAGGAGAGAUGUUCACCUUUGGCUAUGGACAUGAACCACCAUAUGUCACAUAUAGAGUUGUUUCAAAGGAUGGUUUCAUGCAUGACCCAGUACCAAUAACAGUAUCAGAUCCCAUCAUGAUGCAUGACUUUGCUAUAACUGAGAACUAUUCUAUUUUCAUGGACCUUCCUAUGUACUUUAGGCCAAAGGAAAUGGUGAAGGAAAAGAAGCUUAUUUUUCAAUUUGAUGCAACAAAAAAAGCUCGUUUUGGUGUUCUUCCCCGGUAUGCAAAGGAUGACCGUGAAAUAAGAUGGUUUGAGCUACCAAAUUGCUUCAUAUUCCAUAAUGCAAAUGCUUGGGAGGAGGACGAAGAAAUUGUUUUGAUCACUUGCCGCCUUGAAAAACCAGAUUUGGACAUGGUCAGCGGGAUUAUUAAAGGAAAACUUGAGAAUUUUACAAAUGAACUGUAUGAGAUGAGGUUCAACAUGAAAACUGGUGUAGCUUCACAAAAGAGACUUUCUGUUUCUGCUGUUGAUUUCCCAAGAGUGAAUGAAAGCUACACUGGCAGGAAACAAAGAUUUGUCUAUGGAACCAUUCUGGAUAGCAUUGCUAAGGUCACUGGAAUUAUCAAAUUUGAUCUGCAUGCUGAACCCCAAUUGGACAAAACAAAACUUGAAGUUGGAGGCAAUGUUAAAGGGAUCUUCGAUUUGGGACCUGGUAGAUUUGGUUCAGAGGCUGUAUUUGUUCCUCGGGAGCCUGGAACCAGUUCUGAAGAAGACGAUGGUUACUUGAUAUUCUUUCUGUACGACGAAAACACCGGAAAAUCAUCAGUCUAUGUACUCGAUGCAAAAACAAUGUCGGCGGAUCCGGUGGCAGUUAUUGAAUUACCUCAUAGAGUUCCAUAUGGGUUCCAUGCCUUCUUUGUAACAGAGGAACAACUUCAAGAACAGGCUGCACUAUAACUGUUCAAAGGAAGAAAGCGUCGAAUCAUAAAUAGCCGAAGUUGCAUCAGAUGGAGAACACAGAGGAUCAUAUAGUGUAAUUAUGUUACUUCAUUCCUUUGUAUUGAAAGCAUUUCCGUUAGACUCCGUAAAAACCUACUAUUUUAUACAAAAUAUUAUCGAUAAAUUAUAGUUUAAUAGACUGUUUAUUUUGUAA